CUCCGCUCGCCUCGCUCCUGCCUGCGACAGCUCACAGAUUUACACGGCUGGUGUGCUCUCCCUGCCCUGAACCCACAUUUACGGAAGAAAAAAAAACAACAAAACUCCAUUCAGGCUUCUGCCAUACCGUAAACCCUGUUUCAGUCAAAGCGACGACGGAUACAAAUACAUACAUUUUUUCCAUAAUCUUUUUUUUUUUUGCUAGUGUGGAAAGCCAGUUUUCAUAAUGGCGACAGCUGCGGUAUCUGCCCCUGCUGGCUGCGGCCCCAACCCCGGGCCGGGAGCCGAGCUGGUCCGCGGGCAGGCCUUCGACGUCGGGCCUCGGUACAGCAACCUCUCCUACAUCGGGGAGGGAGCCUACGGGAUGGUCUGCUCUGCUUAUGACCGGGACAACAAGAUUCGUGUGGCCAUCAAGAAGAUCAGCCCUUUUGAGCACCAGACGUACUGCCAACGCACCCUGCGAGAGAUCAAAAUCCUUCUGCGCUUCAAACAUGAGAACAUUAUCGGAAUCAAUGACAUCAUCCGCACACCAACUAUCGACCAGAUGAAGGAUGUAUAUAUUGUCCAGGAUCUCAUGGAGACAGACCUGUACAAGCUUCUGAAGACUCAACACCUGAGCAACGACCACAUCUGCUACUUCUACCAGAUCCUACGAGGGCUCAAGUACAUCCACUCUGCCAACGUCCUGCCGGAUCUGAAGCCCUCCAAUCUUCUGCUCAACACCACCUGUGAUCUGAAGAUCUGUGAUUUUGGUUUGGCUCGUGUGGCGGAUCCCGACCACGAUCACACUGGUUUCCUAACAGAGUAUGUAGCCACCCGUUGGUACCGGGCACCUGAGAUCAUGCUCAACUCCAAGGGCUAUACCAAGUCCAUAGACAUCUGGUCAGUGGGCUGCAUCCUGGCUGAGAUGUUAUCCAAUAGGCCUAUUCCUGGGAAGCACUACUUGGAUCAGCUCAACCACAUUUUGGGAAUCCUUGGCUCUCCCUCCCAGGAGGAUCUCAACUGUAUCAUCAACAUCAAGGCCAGGAACUACCUUUUGUCGCUGCCUUUGCGCUGUAAAGUGCCGUGGAACCGACUCUUCCCCAACGCUGAUCCCAAAGCUCUGGACCUGUUGGACAAGAUGCUGACCUUCAACCCCCACAAGAGGAUCGAGGUGGAGGAGGCGCUGGCACACCCCUACUUGGAGCAAUAUUACGACCCUACAGAUGAGCCUGUAGCUGAAGCCCCAUUCAAGUUUGACAUGGAGCUGGAUGACCUACCCAAAGAGACACUGAAGGAGCUCAUCUUUGAAGAAACUGCACGUUUCCAGCCAGGUUUUAGGUCCUAACAUCUCACACAGGUGCAUCUCUGGACUGGCUUCUGCGCUGCCACUGCUCCUCCCCGCCUCCACUCUGUUGCUGUGAUUUUGUUUUUGUUUUUUUAUUUUCCUCUCCUGUUGUCCGCAUCACCUGGAUUCCUUGGGUCUCACUCGUCAAGUCCACUUUGCUCAGGAAUGGCGUCAGGAAUCAAUCAAUCAAUCAAUCAAUCUCUCUCUCUCUAUCUAACUUGCUAUCUCUCUCACUCGGAGGUGAGGGGGUCACAUCAUGGCUUCUAGUGUGGAGGUGAUUUUGUGUUUUUAAGCCAAGAUAAACAAUUUUUUGUGUGUCUCAAAGGCUUUGGCUCUGGCUAUUCCUAUUCAAGACCUUUUGUCUAGUCAAAUGACAGUGAUAAACUAGCUGUUGUGUUUUUUGGUGCAAUUGUUGUGGUUAUACUUCUGCCUACCUUGCACAAACAACGGUAGAUCGUUUGAGUGAGCAGGUUAUCAGAAUGAUUCAUCAAAAAGGUCUUUUGAAUUUUUCUAACCUUUGUCAUGUUGUGACAAGGGACACCAUAAUUUCUCUCUCUCUUUCUAUCUCUCUCUCUCACUUUCUCUCAAAAAAAGAAAAAGAAAAACCCUAAUUAAAUCAACUGAUUUAUGCAAUGAAAUCACAUAAUCAGUCAGAGACUUUUUGGGCCAAAAAAAGCCAUCAUACGGUGUUGAUGAGCAUUAGCUCUAUGAAAGCUAUAUGUUUUGUCAAAGACCUUUUUUAUCUUUAACACAGUUGGCCCAAAUGCAAAUAUAUACAGAAUAUAGCUUAAAGAGUCUUAAAAUAUUGUAACGCUAAGAGCGCUGAUAGAAGGUGAAUCAGGUGAAUUUACAAUGUUUAAAACAAAAAGUCCACGUUCUUUUCUCAUAGGCUGCAGUGAGCUGUGCCGAUGGGUAGAGUGUGCAAAACCUUACCGAGGUGUAAUGUACAGAUCAAGUUGCAGUAUGAGGUUUUCCCAUCAAUUUUGCCUUAGUCAUGAGAAACCAGAGGGAAAGUGAAUUUAUUACAUAUAAGCACUAGUCUAUAUGUACAGUAUGAUAUUUUUCAUACGGGGAAAAUGAACCGCAUCCGGACACAAAUUCACUUACGACAGAGAAACUUGUUUGUGUCUGGAAGAAAUAUUGUCGUGCCUCCCUUUUCUUCCUGUUCAGUGUUGUUGUUUUUCUUUCUCCCCUCUCUCUCUUCGUCCUGUCUCUCGUCUGUUGAUCUCUCUUUCGCCUUGUUAGAAUAAUACUGUGCCCUUUGCAUGACUGUUAUAAGCUCUGUAUACAAAGACAAUGUUAAGUGCCACACAGCCGGUUGGCUCCUCUCAGGAAGCCCAGGCUCUUUCUGUUCUACCUUUGUGGUAUAUCACUCUUCCCAACUACAUGGUGCUUAUGUUCUGUUCAUUUCUUUGCUUUAGCGUUUUGCUUUCUCUGUGCUUUUUGUUUUCCUCUUUUGUUGUUGUUUUUGCCCCGCCCCCACUGUUUAUUUGUACUGUAGCUUUUGAUGGAUUUACUCCAAUUUUGAUUCUGGCCAAAUUCCAUCUGCAUGCUAAAACGUGUCUUGUAGUGGUUGCAUUAGGAGAAUAACCAUAGCUAUGUAUUUACGCCACAGUAAUCACAAACCAUGUUGUUCCCUCUGCCAGACAAAGAGGAUCCAGGCAUGCGAAAGUUCAAAAAAAUACUCCACAUGCAAAAACAUGACUGAUCCUGUUUUCCACUUUUAGUCCUUUGUUACGUAAAAUCUAGUUUCAGAUUGUGCAUUUUCAUGCUGAUAACAGCUGGCAGUGUCAAAACCAGCAGAAACAGCAGUGAGACUAAAAGUACACAGCCAACAGCAGAAGUCACGACCGACAUUUCCUCUUGUCAGUAACUGUCGAUUGAAGGAUCUGUUCGGUUUCAAGAUUUGAUUUGUUUUGAAAAGAAUUAUGAAAAUGACGGAAAUCUGGAGCCUUAUCCGGACAAAACAAACACACGGCUUACUCAGAGGCAUCACUCAGGCUCGAUUUAAAGAGCACAGCAUUUCAUUUUUGUAGCACUGCAGCAUCUAAUGGCCGUCAUUUUAAUUUGUUUACAAGCAGGCCUCAGAUGUUCAGUCUCCUGGUACACCGAACGAACCAUCUGUUAGGCUCCAGCAGUCCCACUUCAAAAGACUCUUGUUAAUUUGGUAAUGUGGGUGACCUAAUGAAUGAAUUAGAGGAGUUUUCUUUACGACACUAAAGCAUCUCCGAGUAGAUUGGUCAGAAUCUACAUGAACAGAUUCUCCAAGAAUCUGGCUCCACUCGCACUUAAAGUAAGAAAUGAUGAAUUUAAUUUGACAGCAGUGACUUCAUCACUAUCCAGCCGCUGUUGCUUUGGCUGAUAAGUCAUUUGGGUGAAAACAACUUUCCAACCUUUGUGUACAGUCUGGCAAAAGUAUUGGGACUAUAAAUUUAUGAAGUGUAACUUUCAGAGUCCAAGAUAAGUGAGGCAAAAAGUACAUGCUCAGCUGUCAGUUCUUACUGUAUUUGCAUACAUUAUAACAUGUGGAAAAGCAAAUUGUAGUUUUAGUUAUGCAAACAUUUCUUAGAGGCAGAAAUAAUUUCAUUUGUUGAGUUAAACCUCAGUGGGCGGAGCCAAAGAACGAGUGUUUUCUGGCCAAAGUUAAAAUCUCAGUGGAAAAGGCAAAGAGGAAGAGAGGAGGAGGCCAGAGAAAAUCCACCCACAAGGAUGUCUGAGGCCACCUGCAGGGGGCAGCCUUCAGGUGGCCUUUUGUUUUUUGUUUUUUAAACAGUACAUUGAAUACAUACUUGUUGUCAACACCAUAUUGCCUCCAAAAACUUGAGGAAAACUUCUGAAAUUGUCAUAAUUUUACGACCAUAAAUUUCUCAUCAGCUCAUAGUAAAUACUGGUCGCAUAGCAAUGACAGUAAUAGUCCAGUUACUCGUAAACAGUUGUAGUGAUCAUUUUAUAGCAUUUAGCCCCACUGACCACCACAUAUUCCACUCUGUUUAACAAGAGCUCAGCACUGCCCCCGAUGUCCAAAAGAUUGUGCUGCACUCUUUUUCUCUCUCUCUCUUUUUUUUUUUUUUUUUUUUUUUAAUAAGCAGUAAAACUAGCUUGAUUCCCCACAGCUAUCUAGGUUAGUUAGUUAGCUAGCCUAAGAUCAUGAAUGUCAUGGUUAUGUAUGGCAAAAAAAAAAAAAAAAUGCCAUUCAGAUGUUUCUUUUAUGUCUGUUUUUAAGCAGGUUCCUCUUUGCUGUUAGCCAGCUGGCUCUCUGUUUCUUUGGCUCAUCAUCCCGUUGCAGUUUAACUGUGUAUUCAAAUUAUUUCAGCUGGCGUACUGUAAGUAAAACUACACUCUGCUGUUGAGGAAAGGGUCCCUGAGUUUCAGUUCAGCAGAAGUUUUGUAACAAAUGAACUUCAGUGUCUGUCGCGAUACUCCUAUAGCACCUACUGUAUAUUAUUAAUCUCUUUGUCAGAACAUUUAAAUGCACUUGCUUCUACAGUUCUUGGGAUGGGACUUGUAGUCCAGGACCAGGUGCCUGCGAGGCCUUGACUUGCCUGUAGAUAGUGUUUGGGGUUUAGUGAGAACAUGACCGGCACUGGAAACCUUACUGGGAUUCUGUUGUAUGAUAAGCUUCUGCUGAGUUCUUUGUGCAACCUGUCUGUUUAUUUGUGCCUUUUUUGAUAGUCUUGAUAUCCAAGAUUUGAUGUGCAGCUUUUGUUUAGUCGGGAAUCCGUUGUAAUUGCAAUAUACGCUCUUAAAAAUGAACACAAUCAUGUGGAGGGAGGGGAUGGGGGGUGGGGGUAUCCUCUUAUCUUUCAGUUAUGUAAUUUUAAAGAGAUUUGUUGCCACAGCUGUGUGAUUUGUGACUCUGUACUGAAAAGAUGAAAACCGAACAUUUAUAUAUAUAUAUAUUUUUUGCGUUACCCUUUAUUGAGCCUCAUUUUUUUUUUCUUUUUCGAUGUUUUUGUGCAAAUAUUUUAUUGUAAAAUGAAUGUUAUGUUUCUAUCAGACACUAAUCUUGUUUGAGUUGUCUCCAAUUGAACUACUUCUCUCUGUAUGUUUUGAUCAGUAUAAACCUUUAAUUGUGUAGUUGACUCUUCUGACAGAAAAAGGUCCUGGGUUGUUCUUUGCAGGUGUGUCUCACCUGCCGCAGAAAUGGUUUGAAUUGAUCGGUCAGUUUUAUUUUGCUGUCGUGUGAAGGAUUUGACUUGAACGAAGCAUUUCUUUGCUAUUAUUAAAGACUGACUGCCACUUUGAAAAAUCUGUUUUUAAAUUUUUUUUUGGUUUUGUUUUUUUGUUUGUUUGUUUUUGUUUGUUUUUUGCAACUCUGCCAUGACAUUUAACUAGAGGUUAAUUAAAUACACUGUACCGUA